GUCACAACCACCAAGGCUCCGAGAUCUUCGAGUCAACCCAACACAUCUAUAGACUUUAUUUUACUCCGAGGCAGCAAUUCCUUCUAGCAUCACCAGCAUCUUCCACACAUAUCGCUCUUGUAUCUCUAUCCACCAUGCCCAUUAACCAACCUUCAAACCAGAUCAAGCUUACCAAUGUAUCCAUAGUCAGACUCAAGAAAGGCGGCAAACGUUUCGAGAUCGCUUGCUAUAAAAACAAAGUGCAGGAAUGGAGAAAUGGCGUCGAGACCGAUCUAGACGAUGUCCUUCAAAUAUCAAAUGUCUUCAUCAAUGUCUCAAAGGGAGAGGUUGCCAAGCAUAACGACCUCCAGAAGGCAUUUGGAACAUCGGAGGUGGACGAAGUUGUGAAAGAGAUCCUGAAAAAGGGAGAGAUGCAGAUCAACGAGAAGGAGCGGGACCAUGACCUGAGCUCGUUACGCAAGGAGAUCGCCACCUUGGUGGCCGAGAAAUGCGUGGAUCCAGCGACCCAGCGACCGUAUCCCGUAGGCAUGAUAGAGAAGGCCAUGGCUGAGGCAGGAGUGAGCGUAAAAGCCGGGAAAACGGCCAAAAGUCAGGUCUCCGAAACGCUGAAGUUGCUGCAAAGCAACUCGACCCUCCCUAUUGAGCGGGCACGCAUGCGUGUGCGUGUAUCGCUGCCCUCGGCAGAUGGGGAACGACUCCGCGAACAACUUGUCAAGUGCGCCGACAAGGUAGAACGAGAGGACAAGGGAGACACUUGGGAAACGAUUCUGUUGAUCGAGCCGGGCCAGUUCCGAGUGAUCAAUGAGCUUUUGCAGAAAGAAUGCAAGGGCCGCGGGCGUCUGGAGACGUUGACGUUUGCGGCGACUGCUGACACCAACUAAAUUGAUGAUAUCUAGACUUUUGUCAUGUUGUAGCGUAGUUUGUUAUAUACUUAGUAUCGGUCUUUGUAGAUGGAAUAUCGUGCCAGACAGUGCCGAG